GACGGAGAUGUUACUGUGAACAUCAGCUGCUUUCCUUUAGACUCAACUCGAGUUUGCCAACAUCCCCAGUGCAGUCCCUCCACGGGGUCCGGCACAACACACACCGUCGGAAAAUGUCUCUCUCCGUGUGCACGGAAUGCCUCGCGCGACUUCGAUUGUCCAGCAAACCCUCGAUCCUUUCUCCUACGACAGCAUUCGUCACCAUCUCCCAGACCUCGUCGUUCCACAGCUCGGCUGCCCAACAUGCCAGUAUCAUUAAGAAGAAAGCUCCUCCUCAGCUAAAAGGACCUCGAAGGUCUCAAGGAGUCAGGCUAAAGAAAAAGGCGCGAGAAAAGAUCACUUUGCCAGCCGUUGGCGAGCGGAGAGCUUUACGACGUCGAAUCAUCAUCUCCAACACCAAUGCCCUCGAAGUCAAGGAGAUGGAAGACCUGAGUGCUCAGAAUGCUGUUCUCGACGAGUCCUCGAACCAGGUUUUGGGCCUGAGUGGCCCAAUUCUGGAUCAGUUACGAGAUUGUGAGGCGUUCAAGAGAACGCAGAAUUGGAACAUGUUUCGACGACCUGCAACCUUGAUCAGGUCCGAGACUCUGGAUGUUGCUAGGACUAUGGAGCAGGUGGCUCCUGGUCAGACUGCGAAACUUUUCCUCACUGGUGAAAGACAGUCGGGGAAAAGCAUUCUCCUAUUGCAGGCUAUGUAUCUGGCAUUUUUGAAGGACUGGAUAGUGAUCAAUAUUCCCGAAGCGCAGGACUUUGUCAACAACACAUCGGCCUAUGGACCUCUACGAUCACAAACGGCCGAAGGCGAGGAACAAUCCAAUGCCGAACAGCUCUAUAUCCAACCUGGACUUGCUAAAGCACUGCUCCAUCGAUUAGCCUAUUCCAACGAAGCAGUAUUGAAGUCAUUGAAACUCAACCACAAACAUGCUGGAUUCCUGCGCGUCAAGCCAGCCAGCAGCAUCAGCGACCUCGCUCUGAUUGGAGCGCAGGAGCAAACCCUAGCUGUUCCUGUCUGGGAGGCUGUGUGGAAAGAACUCAACACUCCUGGCCAGAACCCACGACCACCUAUCCUAUUGACGGUCGACAGCGUCGACCACUGGAUGGGACCGUCCAAGUAUCGCAGCGCCGAGUUCGAAGUCAUCCACGCCCAGCAAUUCACGCUGGUGAAGCAAUUGACCGAGCUAUUCUUCUCGGAGAGUAAGACGCCCUUAGCCCAUGGUGGGAUGAUGAUGAUGUCGACUUCGGGAUCCAAUAAACCUGGAUUCCCUUCUUUCGCCAUGUUGAUUGAACAAUUCCGCGCAAGAGACAAGGGUGUUGACCCUUCGUCCUCUGCUUUCCCUGUCCCGCAACCCUACAGCAAAACGGACACUAGGGUGACUGGUCUUUUCUCGAAGAAUGCCGGUGUGCGUUUCAUGGAUGUCAAUGGUAGUACCGUGUCGGAGAGCAAGGCGCUGUUGGAAUAUUUUGCUCGCAGUGGCUUGUUGCAUCGAGGCGUGACGGAUCAUGUGGUCAAUCAGCUUCGGGCUUUGAGUUCGGGUGGGGUCAUGGGUGAGUUGGCCAGACUUGGACGAAGAGUUACGGCUUGAGCAAUGUACGAUUGAGAAGAGAAGUAGUAGUGUGUGUGUGUGUGUAAAAAGAGAGAAAGGACUCGCUGUCCAGUACCUCGCUGGGUGAGAAUGGGAGUGACAGUUCGCUGUGAGUAGAAGGACUUUUGUACUACCUGUCUAAAAAGAUCGCAGAGGACAGCAGGGCGAGCAUAAAUCUCUACAACAGCA